AUGGCCGUCGCCAAGAAAAACGCAAAGGCGACCCGCAAGUUCGAGAAGAAGCACCUCAAGGGCGUUCUCGAGAAGCGCAAGGCCUCGGCCAAGAUCAAGCAGCGGAACAUACUCCAGGAGAAGAAGAAAGCCAAGCGCGGCCAAGAUGCUGCCUUUUACAAGGGCGCCGCGUCCGCCACGGGUGCCAACGGCGAGACCGUGGGCUCGGGGCCGCGCUCGAAGCGGCCGGACGCCAAGGUCAGCGAGAUGAGCGUGGACGACUUUUUCCAGGGCGGCUUCCAGAUCCUCGACAAGGAGGAGGGCGGCAAGGCUAAGGGGAAGGCCAAGGGCAAGGACAAGGCGGAAAAGGCGGACACAAAGGCACAGCUCGGCAAGCGGAAACGCAACGGUGCGGCAGCCGCAGGCGAGGAUGACAGUGCGUCAGCCAGCGGCGGCUCCGAGUCUGAGAACGAGCCCGAGUACGACGCCGUGGCCCCGAGCGACGACAGCGACGAGGACGAUAACCUGGACCUGGACGCGGCCGACAUUGGCAUGACAAAGGAGGCCAUGGAAGCCCUGGCCGAGAAGGAUCCCGAGUUUUACAAGUUCUUGAAGGAAAACGACCCGGAGGCGCUCGACUUUGACGAGGACGCCGAUCUGGGCGGCCUGGGUGGUGGUGACGAUGAAGACGUAGACGACGAGGACGAUGAGGACGACGAGGACGACGAGGACGCCAAACGGCCCAGAAAGAAGCAGAAGGCGGCCAAGGCCGCGGCCGCUGCCGCUGCCGCUGCACCUCGCGACAACGAGCUCACGCGACCCAUGAUCGCCAAGUGGGAGGCGUCCAUGGCGGAAUCCUUCUCGCUGCGUGCGGCCCGCCAGGCCGUCCUUGCGUUCCGCUGCGCCGCCCACCUCAACGAGGACGCCGACGAGGCCGCCUCGCUCUCGCAGCGCUUCGCCAUCAAGAGCCCCGACGCCUUCCACGACAUUCUGGUCGUCGCCCUCAAGCACGUCCCGCUCGUCCUGCAGCACCACAUCCCCGUCAAGGAGUCCUCCACCCACCGCGUCUACGUCCAGACCGAGAGCAAGAAGUUCAAGGCCCUGUCUGCCCUCAUCCGCAGCUUUGCCUCGUCGGUUCUGCACCUGCUCUCGACCCUGUCCGACGACGGCACCCUCAAGCUGACCCUGUCCGCGCUGACGCCGCUGCUGCCGUACCUGCUGUCCUUCCGCAAGGUGCUCAAGCAGCUCGUCAAGUCCGUCGUCGGCUUCUGGGCCCAGCCCGCCAGCAGCCAGACCACGCGCAUCACUGCCUUCCUGGUGCUGCGCCGCCUCGUGGUCAUUGGCGACAAGGGCGUGCGCGAGUCCGUGCUCAAGGCCACCUACCAGGGCCUCGUCCAGGGCAGCCGCGCCACCAACGCCAACACCAUUGCCGGCAUCAACCUGAUGAAGAACUCCGCCGCCGAGCUGUGGGGCCUCGACCCGGCCAUCGGCUACACCACCGCCUUCGCCUCCAUCCGCCAGCUGGCCAUCCACCUGCGCAACAGCAUCGUCCACAACCAGAACAACGCGUUCCGCAACGUCUACAACUGGCAGUACGUCCACUCGCUCGACUUUUGGUCGUGCGUCCUGGCCGAGCACUGCAGCCCCACGGCCACAGCCACAGCCGCUGCCGGCGGCGACGACAGCCAGCUGAAGCUGCUCGUGUACCCGCUUGUCCAGGUCACCCUGGGCGCCAUGCGCCUCAUCCCGACCGCCGCCUACUUCCCGCUGCGCUUCCAGCUGUUCCGGUCGCUGCUGCGCGUCUCGCGCGCCACCGGCACCUACAUCCCGCUCGCCCCCGUCCUGCUCGAGGUCCUCAACUCGGCCGACAUGAAGAAGGCCGCCAAGAUCAGCACCGAGAAGCAGCUCGACUUUGCCGUCGCCUACAAGGCCCCCAAGUCGCUGCUGCACACCACCGUCUACCAGACCGCCGUCGGCGAGCAGGUCGUCGAGCUGCUGUCCGAGUACUUUGCGCUCUGGGCCACCAGCAUCGCCUUCCCCGAGUUCGCCCUGCCCGUCGUCAUCAUGCUCAAGCGCUGGAUCAAGGACGCCCGCAAGCGCGGCGGCAAGAACGGCCGUCAGCUCAACAACAAGGUCGUCAGCGGCCUCGUGCUCGUCGUCCAGAAGCUCGAAGCCAACGCCGCCUUCAUCGAGUCCAAGCGCGCCCACGUCACCUUUGCCCCGCGCGACCGCACCCAGGUCGACGCCUUCCUCAAGGACUUUGACUGGCAAAAGACCCCCAUCGGCGCCUUUGUCGUUGCCCAGCGCAAGGCGAGCGCCGAGCGGCAGCGCGUGCUGGAGGAGACGCGCAAGCAGGAGGAUGCCCGCCGGCAGGAGGAGAAGAAGCAGCUGCAAGCGGCGCGGCUGGACGAGGACAACGAGGAGGAGGAGGAUGAGGAGGAGGACGAGGAGGAGGAUGAGGAGGAAAUCGAGUUGGAAAGUGAUGACGAGGACAUCGAAAACGACGAUGACGAAGAGGAAGACGAGUAA